AUGGCGUUUCCUAAGCCAUCUCUAGUGUUCUGUUCUGUUCUUACUUUCCUGAGCUUAAACUGCGGUGUAUUUGCCAAGGUUUACAUGGUGGUGAUGGAGGAUGACCCAGUUGUUUCAUACAAGGCAAGCCGGAAGAAUGAAAUGAGAGGCGUGGAAGCUCAGAAGUACAAAGAAAUGGCAACAUCAAAGCAUGAUGUCUUCCUGGAAUCAUUUCUCCCUACAGGGUCUUACAAGAAACUAUACAGUUAUACUCACCUGCUUAAUGGUUUUGCUGUGCAUGCAAAAUCUGAAAAGGCAGCUAGAAUUCUUAGUGGAGCAAAAGGAGUUAGACUAAUUCAAGAAGACAUCAAAAUGGCCAAGAUGACCACAUAUACUCCAAAAUACAUUGGAGCCAGUGGGGUAUGGCCACAACUUGGUGGUGCUGAGAAUUCUGGUGAUGGAAUAGUCAUUGCCAUGAUUGAUACUGGCAUUGACCCCAAAAACCCAAGCUUUGGUAGCUUCUCAGACCAAGCAAAGUCACCACCGCCCAAUUUCAAAGGAAUGUGCCGAUCUGGUGAUAGAUUCCCUCCGGAAUCAUGCAAUGGUAAGAUAGUGGGAGCUAGAUGGUUCGCACGUGCUGGUCAAGCAACUGGAGAAUUCAAUGCUACACUUCACUACGCAUCACCUUAUGACCCUGAUGGCCAUGGCAGCCACACGGCGUCGACCGCAGCUGGAAAUUUCCAUACAUCAGUGAUUUCUAGAGGUUACAACUUUGGAUAUGCAAGCGGCAUGGCUCCGGGAGCUCGGCUUGCAAUCUACAAAGCUGCAUAUCCUUUUGGUGGAUACAUGUCAGAUGUGAUAGCUGCAGUCGACCAGGCCGUAGAAGAUGGUGUUGAUGUUAUAAGUCUUUCCAUGGCACCUACUUCGGUUUCAUCUGGUCCUGCAUCUUUCCUCAACUUGCUUGAGACACAGCUGCUCCUUGCCACCAAGGCUGGAGUCUCAGUUAUUCAGGCAGCUGGCAACGGAGGCCCUGAUGUCAGCUCAGUAGUUUCAUUCAGCCCAUGGAUAACAAGUGUCGCGGCUUCGACAACAGACAGGAAGUAUAACAAAUCAAUCAUCACUGGAAGUGGGCUGGCCCUCUCUUGCGGCGGCCUUUCCCCACCAACACCAGGCGAAACAAUGUACCCACUAGCAUUGGCUGACGAUGUGAGCAUCGCCAAUACGACUGACGGGUCUAACGGUUGCCAAGAUCCAAAGGUCUUCAUAAGAUCUCUUGUUCAAGGGAAGGUGAUUAUUUGCAUGAUCGUGUCAUCAAACUACUAUCAGUUGGACACCUUCGCCGGCAUGAUCGAUACGAUUCAGAAAAUCGGAGCUGCCGGAGUGGUCAUCACUGAUCGUUAUACGGGUGACAUCGACUAUGACUACCAGCCCAUAUUCCCUACAACGCUACCCUCGGCUAUGGUUCUGAACGGAGUGGACAUGAUGAACCUGAUGGAGUACUAUGGCAACAACACGGCUCGAGACAACGACGGAGGCGUCAUCACGUUCGGAGCGACCGUCCGGAUUCUGGAGGGACGGCGUGCGAGCUACAGCGGGGAGCGGCCCGAGGUCGCCGACUACUCGUCGAGGGGACCCAACAUCGAGAACGCGGCAAUGGAGCUGGCGGACGUUCUGAAACCGAACGUCAUGGCGCCGGGCCACCACAUCUGGGGAGCGUGGAGCCCGACGAGCAACGCGCUGCCGGAGAUCCAGGGCGAGAACUUCGCCAUACUGUCCGGCACGAGCAUGUCCACCCCUCACGUCGCCGGGGUGGUGGCGUUGAUCAAGCAGCGGCACCCCAGGUGGAGCCCCGCCAUGAUCAUGUCGGCGAUCAUGACGACGGCCGACGUGACGGACCGGUCCGGGAGGCCGCUAAUGGCGCGGCGGGACGUGGGCGCCAUGGUGGCGGCGACCCCGUUCGACAUGGGGGCUGGCGCCAUCAACGUGGCCCGCGCGCUGGACCCGGGACUGGUGCUCGACGUCACGUACAGGGAGUACCUGCAGUUCCUGUGCGCGGUGCCCGGCGUGGACGAUGCCGCGGUGCGGCGGGCCGUGGGGGCGUCCUGCCCGUCGACGCGGGCGCGGUGGUGCACGGACCUGAACACGCCGAGCGUGACGGUGGCGAGCCUAGUGGGGUCGAGGCGGGUGGAGCGGAGGGUGUACAGCGUGGGCGGCGAGAACGAGACGUACAUGGCGUACGUGCGAGCGCCCGACGGCGUGGCGGUGCGCGUGUCGCCCGACGAGUUCACCAUCGCCCCCGGCGAGGCCGCGGUGCUGAGGAUCGUGCUCAACACCACCGCGCCCGGGAACGCCUUCAGCUUCGGCGAGGUGGUGCUCAGGGGCGACAAGAAGCACAGCGUCAGGAUCCCCCUCGCCGUCUACCCCGCCGCCGUGCUGAGUCCAUGAACACGCAUGUGUACCGGAUGUAUACGUACGUACUACUUACGUAUGGGUAUGUGUACGGAAUAGUCCGAACUGUAUGACGGUCGUUCACACGUGCACUGUAUACUUGAGGAACCGAGAAAGAAUACUGUAUACUGAAGUAUCAGAGAAGAGAAACUUCAGGUACUUUCGUGGAGUGGAGUUUUCUGCUUCCCGAGCUACAGCGAUUCCGUUAUGUAAAAAAGAUUGAAAAAUACACUCUC